CUUUCCCAAGCCAUGCCCAGACCACAGUUCGCGAUUGCGAGUCUCUCGCUGGGCUCGCACUUAUACCACUCCCUGCCAACGAAGAUCGAAGUCGCCUCUAGUCUCGGUUACGAUGGCAUCGAAAUCUUCAUGGUUGAUUUCGAGGGCUUCGUAGCCGAAGUCAUCGACCGCCAGCACCACCAUCUCUUCUGCGAACCCUUCUCCCCGCGCUCCUUACCUACCCCCGACCUCGAGCGCGAGUGCGCUAAGGUCAUCACCGCCUUGUGCGUUUCUCAUAAUCUCACCAUACCCAUCGUGCAGCCUCUACGGAAUUUCGAGAACUUCAAAACUGAGUCAGACGUCCAAGCGGGGUUGGAUAGCGCAGAGCGCUGGCUGAGAUUGAUGGAGUACUUCCAAUGCGAUCUCAUGCUUGUCUGUUCCAACCAUGUUCCUGGGCCUCAUCCGAUCACCGAUACCUACACUGUGGAGAUGUACCUCGAUGCUCAGGCAGAUGCCUUCCAUCGCCUCGGUGAGCUUGCAACGACAUAUGGCGUCAGGAUAGGCUACGAACCUUUAUCCUGGGGAACUGUCGUAGAUAACUGGGAGCUCGUCUGGGACGUUGUUCAACGAGUAAAUCUUCCUAAUGUCGGUAUCAUCCUCGAUUCCUUUAACACCCUCGGCAACCAAUACGCCGACCCAGCAACCGAAUCAUCGAUUCGAGCAGAGCAGACGCUAGCCAAAAUGAUGGAUAAUCUCGAGAAGAUGUCACGAACGAUCCCCGGAGACAGGAUAUUCCUGUAUCAGCUCGCUGACGCCGCCCGACCCUCGCAACCUAUAUUCGACGGCCCGGACGCACCUCGGAGGAUGACUUGGUCUCGCGGGUCGCGAUUGUUUCCCUGCGAGCCUUUGCCCGAGGACGUGGAACUCUCGAUAGCAGAUACGUCCAACCCCAAUCUUCCUACCGGCUACCUCGGCUUCCUUCCAGUCGUCCAGAUGACCAAACUGGUGCAAGAGACCGGAUUCAACGGCUGGUGGAGCUUGGAGGUGUUCAACAAAAGUCUGUUGGAGCCGGAUGAGGGCUGCCCAUGGAGACAUGGGCAAAGGGGAAUUGUCGGUUUGAAUAAGCUAUGG